GCGCGCCCCGGGGCUGCCCUGGGCCGGGCCGGGGUCGGCGGAGCGGCGGGCGGCCAAUUGCGGCGCCCCGGGGAGCGGCUCCGGUGGGGCCGCCGCCCGCACUCGUGGGAAGGAUGGAAGCGGAGGGCCGGACGCCGGAGCCGACGCUGCCCCCCGCCGGCGGGGGAGGGCUCGAGCCCCUCGCGGGUGCCCCCGGUGCGGCCCAGACGCCGCUGCUCACCGCCUCCGCCGAGGUGUUGGCGUUCGACGACGAUGAGGACGACCUGGAGGUGUUCAGCAAGGAUACAUCACUGGCUGAGGUGAACUCAUUCAGUCCUUCAAUGCCAAUAUCCCCCUCAUCUAUGAUAAACCAGUAUAAAUUUGAAGAUGAACCAGAAUUAAAAGAUCUCUUCAUUACUGUUGAUGACCCUGAAAGCCACAUUACAGCCAUUGAAACAUUUAUUACAUACAGAGUAGUCACAAAGACAUCUCGUGGUGAAUUUGACUCCUGUGAAUAUGAGGUCCGACGACGAUAUCAGGAUUUUCUUUGGUUGAAGAGCAAACUUGAAGAAGCACAUCCAACACUAAUUAUUCCUCCAUUGCCAGAAAAAUUUGUGAUGAAAGGAAUGGUGGAACGAUUUAGUGAUGAAUUCAUUGAGACUCGAAGAAAAGCUCUACAUAAAUUUUUGAACCGUAUUGCUGAUCACCCAACCUUAACUUUUAAUGAAGACUUCAAAAUUUUUCUUACUGCACAGGCCUGGGAACUCUCCUCGCACAAGAAGCAGGGUCCAAGUUUGCUGAGCAGAAUGGGACAGACCGUAAGAGCUGUAGCAUCCUCAGUAAGAGGAGGAGUUAAAAAUCGUCCUGAAAUGUUUACAGAAAUGAAUGAUUAUAUGGAAACAUUUAGUCACAAAAUAAACGUACUGGACAAAAUAGCUCAUAGAAUUUACAAGGAAGAAAGGGAGUAUUUUAAUGAGAUGAAGGAGUAUGGCCCCAUCCACACACUCUGGUCAGCAUCAGAAGAAGAUAUAGCAGACUCCCUAAAAGGCGUCGCCAGCUGCAUUGACAAAUGUUGUAAAGCUACAGAGAAACGAAUGGCCGGGCUCUCUGAAAAUCUGCUACCAAUCAUACAUGAGUACGUUCUCUACAGUGAAAUUCUGAUGGGUGUUUUGAAAAGGAGAGACCAAAUUCAAAGUGAGCUUGAUUCCAAAGUUGAUGCUUUAGCCAAUAAAAAGGCAGACAAGGAUCUGGAAACAGCAAAGACCAUCUUCAAGCAAACUUUUACUUCAUUAUUUCUAUUCUCAGUCUAUCUACAAAAUAUAUGUAUCUAUGUCCUGGCCAAUUAACUGGUAAGUGAGGUCUCAAGCUGGCUGUAUCACGGAUCAGCUCUCUUAGUUGCACUGCAUGUGAAGAUAGAGUACAUAUUAAGAUCUUCAUCUGACCAGAAGACAUGUUAUAGGUCAUUGCUCAAGUUAUUUGUAUGCAGUUAGUUAAAUCAAUUUUGCAUCAAUAUUGCAUCCCUUUUAUCAGUACUUCCCAUUUGUAUAGUUUGUUGCUAAAAACAGUUGCAUUUGCACAGAGUGACUCAGUGCUCAAAUGCAGUUCAUAAAGCUUGGUUAGCAGCUGGCCUUACUGCUAUCUACCAGUGUCCAAGGGACACUGCCUGGCAGGACAUGGCCUUCUAAGAAAGCAUUUCUGGUGUAAUCUGAUGGAGUCCUCAGACAAGAUGCUGGCACUAGGUUUUCUUCAGCUGUUAUAGACAAAAAGGAAUAAUUUUCCCUUUUGCAUUGCAUUGAUUGUACCAUUGAUUCGAUACUGACAGCUUUGUGCUCCAUAAUGAGAUGUUUGUCCUUGCUUCCACUGAACCUGGUCAUUUUAACUGUUCCUGCAUUUCCUUGGUACCGCUGUGGUAAAACCCUGUGGGUUGUGUGGUUACCCAGAUGUACAGAUCUUUGCUUUAUCUUUCCAGCCUAUUUCUUACUCAUUUCAAAAAAUGCUGAGAUCUUGACUCUUCUUACAGUCUCAUCAGAGCAGCAAAGCAGAUGUCUGUUAGUCUGAUCAUAAAAUCCUGUCUUCUCUAAUUGAGUGGCGGCUGCAUCCUGCUGACUUUUUUCUUCAUUAGAAGUGGAAGAUUUUCUCCAUUAAUGUUAGCUUGGCCACAGAGACUUUUGCACUGCUAUUUUUUAACUGUUCAAGUAACUUCUCACUGUUUUCUGAAUCUGUUUUUUGCUGUUUUUUAAUUUUUAUUACAUGUUGACUUAUUUUCCUGACACUUCUAUCCAGACUGCUUUCAGAAUGAGAGGUUGGAAAAAGAGCCUGAAAACAGAGGUGCUGUUAUUGGAAUUGGUGUCAAAUGCUGACUUUGGCUUUAUUUGCAUAUUUCUGUUUUUAGACAUACCCUGUGUAGCUUCUAAUAAUCUCACAGACAUCAGACUGGACUUGUCAGUGCUAUCUGGUAGCCAGAAAUUCUGCUGACAGUGACUUGCAAGAACUCUAAUCUUAUUUGAAGUAUACUUCCACCAUAGAUACGGAAUCUCAGCAUGUCCUUAGAGCUGAUAAAAGGCAGUGAGAUCUUUAGCAAUGGUCACAGCAAACAUUAAAUGAUUUAGCAAGCAGGCAGUUAUACAGCAAGAGAGUGCAAAACAUUCCCAAGGUCAGUGCAGCUGACAGACUGUAAUCUCAGAUUAAACCUUGUAAGACAUCAGGUUUAUUGGCUAGGAAUAAACAUUUUCUUGAGAUAUGCUUCUCCUACUGGGCUUUUAGGACAGGUACCUGUGAUGCUUCUAAAAACCCCCAAAUUAUCCUCCCACAUCAAAAUGUAGGUGUUGAAGGUGGCCAUUAUUCAAAGUACGGAAGGUCUGAAGAUUGUGAUUUUGGAUGCAGCCUCCUGACAGAGAUUUUUGAGAGGGGUGUUUGAAUGCCCUCCCGCUCAUCUAGGCCUUUCUU